CUCUAACUAAGGUUAAUGAUUAACUAACUAACCAUGGUUACUUUUCUCUCUCAUUUCAUUUCAAAGAUCUGUUACAAUCCAUAGGGUUUUCGAACCGUUAAAUUUUCGAAUAAAAUCCAUCAAAUAUUUCAAUUAUAAUUUGUUUUUUGGUGAUUAUAUAUGGAGAUUCAACCAUUAAUGGAAUUUUCUCAAAGGAGAAAUAUUGACAACAAGCGACCUCGAAAACGACCUCGUUUAACAUGGGAUGUGGGACCACCAAUUAUUCAACCUCCAAUUCCUAAGGUUCUUCCAACAAUAUACUAUGGGCAAGAAUUUGGAAAUGGAGCAGGGCUGAAUUAUGCUUAUUCUUCAAUAUAUUACAAAGGGAUCCCUCAUAAUGGAUCCCCUCCUCGGAGACCGGAUGAUAAAGAUGGCCACUAUGUGUUUUCCAUUGGGGAGAACUUAACUUCUCGCUAUAGGAUACUCAGCAAAAUGGGGGAAGGGACUUUUGGGCGAGUCCUUGAAUGCCUCGACAACGAAACGAAGGAACUUGUGGCAAUUAAAGUUGUUCGUUCAAUACAUAAAUAUCGAGAAGCAGCAAUGAUUGAGAUAGAUGUCCUACAGAAACUUGUCAGGCAUGAUCUUGGUGGCAAACGUUGUGUGCAAAUAAGGAAUUGGUUUGACUAUCGUAAUCAUAUAUGUAUUGUUUUUGAGAAGCUUGGUCCAAGCUUAUACGAUUUUCUUCGCAAAAACAGCUAUCGUUCAUUUCCCAUUGAUCUUGUACGGGAGUUUGGAAGACAACUUUUGGAGUCUGUAGCAUUUAUGCAUGAUAUGCGACUGAUUCACACUGAUCUGAAGCCAGAAAAUAUUCUCCUCGUUUCAUCAGAGUAUGUCAAAGUUCCAGAGUACAAGUUCCUGCUGCGACCUGCAAAAGAUGGUUCCUACUUCAAGAAUGUACCCAAGUCAAGUGCUAUUAAGCUCAUUGACUUCGGCAGUACUACAUUUGAACAUCAGGAUCAUACUUAUGUGGUGUCUACACGCCAUUACCGUGCUCCAGAGGUUAUUUUAGGUCUUGGAUGGAACUAUCCCUGUGAUAUGUGGAGUGUAGGUUGCAUACUUGUUGAGCUUUGCUCUGGUGAGGCUCUUUUCCAAACACAUGAGAACUUGGAGCAUCUUGCGAUGAUGGAAAAGGUGCUAGGGCCUCUUCCUCAGCACAUGGCUGUGAGAGCUGACCGCCGUGCUGAGAAAUAUUUUAGAAGGGGUGCAAGGUUGGAUUGGCCAGAACGCACAACUUCAAGUGAAAGUAUGAGGGCUGUCUGGAAAUUGCCUCGUCUCCCGAACCUGAUAAUGCAGCACGUGGAUCACUCUGCUGGAGAUCUCAUUGAUCUUUUGCAAGGGAUGCUUUGUUAUGACCCAACAGAACGGCUGAAAGCUAGAGAAGCAUUACGUCACCCCUUCUUCAGUAGAGAUCUGAGAAGGAUUUGCACAUCUUGUUUUCUACUAAUGGUUGGAGCUACCAAAAACUAUAUAAAGGAAUGUAGCUUGUGAGUUGUGAGACUCGUUGCAACAUCUAACAUGUGGUUAACCUCUGGUCUCAAGGAUUUUACUAUCAAACCACUUAUUUACGUAAUGCUAUGGGUUCGUAUCCUGUUCUUUUACUUACUUUUAGUUUAAUAUCUUCAUAUUUCCGGCUGAACACCACUGUCUUGGGCCGAACCCAGAGCUACAUAGCUGGGUCUGCCAGUGCUCAUUGACAUUUAGUUUCCUGGAUAUAAAUGUUAUCCCCUAUGCAAUGCAUCUGGAGGCAGUUUGAAUGGUUGAUUAGUGCUCUUUGAUUGUUGUAACUGAGCAAAAUCUUGAGCAAAAUCUUUUCUAAGGACAACACUUAGAUAAAACUUUAGAUAAUGUUCUUUGUAAAAGCCUAAACAUUGGCCUCCGUAACAGCAAGCACCAUCUUGUUGAUUCCUCUCUGGUGCGUGUAUACAGUCUGUACAGUAUGUAUAAAAUAGCCGUUAAGUGUUGGAGUGAUGACAAGGCUCAAAUUGUAGCAGAGACAUUGCCGGUUGAACUUUCCAUUUUCUCAAGUUUUUGUGAUGGUUCACUGCAAUAUCUAACCUAAUAUGCUCUCAUUGCAUCCUUUUUGAGCUGUAAUUGCUGGCAAGAGUAAUGUUGUAUACCUAAUGGAAUCUAUAUUGCUCCGACUCUUCAUAAAUGCUACCACACUCGUGUCGGAUCCUUCAAAACUGCACUACUCUUGGAGGACUCUCGACACGCACCCAGCGGCAUUUUUGAAGGGUCCAAGCAACAAAGAUUGGAGUAUUAUAAGCUGCCUUUUGGUGAUCUAUCAUAAUAAUCCCAAUUCCCAUCUUUGUUAGUGCCAAAGAGAUUUAGUAGUUGGCC